AUGGUGCCCAAACAAGAAACGAUCUGCAUCAUCGACUCGCCGGAUAACAAUACGGACCGGCCGUUGUUUGGCUCACGACUGGUCGACGAAAACUCGACGACGCCGUACUCCGACGCCACACAGACGAAAAAGAACAAUCCAAACCACAUCAAACGGCCAAUGAACGCGUUCAUGGUGUGGUCACAGCUUGAAAGACGCAAGAUAUGUAGUGAUCAACCGGACAUGCACAACGCGGAGAUAUCGAAGAUGCUCGGUGUGAGAUGGAGAAAGCUGACCGAUGAACAGCGGAAACCGUUCAUUGAGGAGGCCGAGAAGCUGAGACUGAUGCACCUCAAAGAGUACCCGGACUACAAGUACAGGCCACGCAAGAGGACGCCAAAGAACGGUAGUGGUAACGCGACCAACUCUUCCGCUCCGGUCACGAUCACGAAGACCACUACGACGGCCGUGGCUCAGUCAAAGUUGAGGAAAAACUUUUGCAAAAAGUUCGGCAGCGCUAUGACAGUGUCCAGCCGCAUCGCGUCUGCCCUUAACUCUGGGACGGUGCGCGUGCUUGAAACGUGCAGAACCACGGAACCGACACCAGUGGGGUUGCUCCAGGACAACACCACUUCAUCGUCAUCGUCGUCAAAGUCUUUCGUCCGGCGCAACGGCAUCAUACAGGUGAACAGGAUGAGCCCGGUGAACCCGGAUCGGCUCAAGUAUCACUUCACAAUCGAUACGGCCAAGGGCAACAGUUCCAAGGAUGCGGCCGAGGUGCGCGUGCCCGCUUCGGUACACGCCAAGGUGCCAACCAGCCCGACUUGCGACUCUCCAAACUCGCCGGAGAGCGCCACGUUCUACGACGACUCGCCGCUGACGUGCAGCUUCGACGUCGUCAAGCCGCUCAAAAUCAAGUUGCUCAACACGUCGCUCAACACAUCGGCAACGAUCACGGUGCUGGCCGACGUAGACGACGAUGACUGCAACGAGGACUGCGACAACAACAGCGCCAACGCUAACGCCAUGUUGCUCAGUCCUGGUUCAGCCGCAUCGCUCAUGUCCGCCCGACAGAUUGACCAGCAGCUCCACCAGCAACAUCACCACCAGCAGCACAACCACCUAAACAAUCAGUCGUCGGCCGAUCUGCUCGCCCGUACCCUGAUGAAGGACGAUCACCUGCUGAUCAAGGCUGAACCCUCGCACCCGUCGCCGUCUUCGUCCUCAAUGUCCGCCGUCGCCCAGUCGUCGUAUUUCUCCGUCAAACAGGAACCGAUGGACUGCGAUUCGGAGUCGGCCGCGCUGGGCCGCGUCGGCGAGAAUCCAUCGCUGGGCCGCGUCGGCGAGAAUCCAUCGCUGGCCGACCUCGAGUGCCUGGACGACCUCAUCCAGAUGCCGUCCGACUUCAAGAUGGACAUCGACUGCCUGUCGUCCGACAUGGACAACGGCUCCGUCCGGCAGAGCUCGCACCUCGAGUUCACGUGCACGUCCGACAUGACCGACAUACUGUCCCACAUGGGCGUAACCCCCGACUGGGAGGACGUGCGGGGCAUCAUCAACGACUGCUAA